AUGAAUUCAUCUACGGAUUCUGGAAUUCAAUCAAGUUGUAUAGUCGAAAUAGCACCAUUGAACGUGUCUCAUGACCAGGGAAACAAAUCGGGGUUUGAGGUUGAUAUUUGGAGUUGGUGUAUUGCUAAUCAAUUUCCCAUUAGUACUAUAAAAAAUACUGAUAGUGAGAAUGUGAUUCUGAACAUUGGUUCUCCACAUCAAGGUUAUACUAUUCAAACGAAGAUGAAAGAUGGAAAAUUAAAUGGAAAAGCUACUCUCAAAACAGAGAACAAUACGAUAAUAGCAGAAUUCGAGUAUCAAAGUAAUGAGAUAAAGGGACAAUGUAUAUUGUACUAUGAUUCAGGCGAAUUAUAUUUUGAAGGGAAUUUUGAAAAUGGGUAUCGUCAGGGAUUUGGAAAAGAGUAUGAUAAGAAUGGGAAUGUGAUAUUUGAAGGGCGCUUUGAAAAAGGAUGUAGGGUCCGUCAGUAUGAAAGAAUGGAUGGAAUGGAAGGUUAUUGGAAAGAAUUGGAUGGGAAAGGAAAUGUGAUUUCGAUUUGUCACAAGAAUGAAAAUGGAAUGAAUGAAGGAUUGUGCUACUUUUAUAAAGCAGGAUUACUGGACCGAGCCAGUAUUUGGGAAAACAAUGAAGAAAUAGCGAUUUUAUAUCGAUUUGAAAAGGAUAUAAUGAUCGAAUACAAAGAUGGUGUAAAGUGUUUUGAAGGAUACUAUGAAGGUUCCAUUGAGACAGGAUUUUCUCGAGUAUCUGGAAAAGAAUAUGAUCAGGAUGGCCAGAAUGUUAUUUAUGACGGUGAGUUUGAAAAUGGAAAACGGCAUGGAUUGGGAACAUCUUUUAAAAACAAUAUAAUAGAAUAUGAUGGAGAAUGGGUGAAAGGACAACAUAAAAGUCUGUAUGCUAUGGUAAAUUUAAUACUCCCUUCAGUAUCUUGGUUAUGUGUCUCCACAUAUACAUUUACCAACCCUCUUGCUAUAAUAGUGGUGUUAUUCCUGGACAUUAUAUAUAUCCCUGGUCUCAUCUUUUUAUUUUUCAAUUAUAUAAGGAGUAUUCGAUCUAUAUAUAAGGUAACAAGAUAUUUCAAGCCAAGUAUUCUAGAUAGGCUGUAUACAUAUAAAGAUGAAUGUGCUACAUUUGGAGAUGGGGUUUGUAAUCAAGUAACAACCUGCAAAAUCGAUGGAUUGAAUCGAUUGAAAACGAUCAAAAUCGGAAACAAUUCAUUUACUCAGAAAAAGAAUAGGUAUGGAAAUAAUAAAUCGAAAUCAUUCCACAUAUUGAACUGUGAAUCAUUGCAAUCGAUUGAAAUUGGUGAAUACAGCUUUACUGACUUUGCUGGAGAAUUUGAAUUGUGGAAUCUACCACAUUUACAAUCUAUUCAAAUUGGUACAAUUGGAAAUGAUUCAUACAAUUUCUAUUUUAGUUCAUUUAGUGAAUAUUUCUUAUCAUUAAAUCUUCCAAAUCUUCAAUCCAUUACAUUAGGUAAUAGUGCAUUCUGUGCAUCUGUUUCAACUGUAAUCGAAAAUCUUCCAUCAUUACGAUCCAUUCAACUCGGUACUAAUGCGCUUGCUGGGAUAGGUAAUGAAGAUGAAUCUUGUUCCUUGAUAAUGCGAAACCUUCCGAAUCUAACAUUUAUCCGUUCUAAAAGUGAAAGUUUCCGUUUUGCUCGUGUAGUGACAUUGGAAAAUAUUCCAAAUCUACAACAGGUUGAUUUGCCAUAUGCAUUCGAAAGAGUUAAUUCGAAGUUGAUUUCUAAUAUUUCUUCCAUUCUUGCUGAUCUUGUCGAACUUAAAGCAGAUAGCAAAACUGGUGUGACGUCUUUGUGAAAUGCAUAUUCAUAAAACA